AGCUGGUGACCAGACGCUUGGGGUUGGGGCCAUGCAUGCACGCGUCACUUUCCCCGAUCCCAGUCCCACCCCGGCCUGCUCUCGAGUAGAGUAGAGGACGGACGGGUAAAAUAGUGGAUCCCGAGCUCGCAAAAUAUGGCGUCGGUGGUGCAAGUGGAGGCCAAUCAUGGCGCCGGCUCUCCACCUUGGAAGCUUUAUCACAACCCCCACUACGCCCCGCACGACAACACCCAUCUCUCAUCCUGCUGCUCGCCCUCUGCUUCUUGUCAAGCCCGCAACCGCAGGGAUCCCGAGCCCCCUAUGAUCAUUGCGCCCGACGAUUACGAGGAGGUGGAAGAGGUCGACGACCAAGGGUACGGGUACGGGUACGGGUACGGCGCCAUGUCGUCGGAGCUGGAGCUCUGCGUGGCGCGCAUCAGGGACCUGAGGGCGGAGCUGGAGUUCGAGCGGCGGAUGCGGCGCAAGGCAGAGGCGCUGAGCGAGGCGCUGGCGGCGGAGCUGGCCGACGAGCGGCGGCGCGGCGAGGCCGAGUGCCGGGCGCUGCGGGAGGAGGCGGAGCGCGCGCUGGAGGGCGUCGAGGAGGAGCGGCGGAUGCUGCGCGUCGCCGAGCUCUGGCGCGAGGAGCGCGUGCAGAUGAAGCUCGCCGACGCCAGGGCGGCGGUGGAGGAGAAGCUGCGGGAGAUCGACGACGCCGUGGCCCAGCUCCACGCUGCUACUACUACUGCCGCCGCCGCCGCCGCCAGUGUCAGCGACAUCAACAAGAGCAGCAGCUGCUGCAGCAGCCCCGACGGGAGCAAGUCGACGAGUCAGCACGGGCAACAGAGCCCGAGCCGGACUCAACCGCACCGGCGAGAGCCCGGCGGCGGCGAGAACCCGCACAUCCGGAGAGGGAUCAAGGGGUUCGUGGAGUUCCCCAAGGCCGUGCGCCUGCGCGGCCCGCGCGAGGAGAGGGUGGAUCUCGUGUCCAACCUCGAGUGCCAGCGGGCGCAGCUGCGCGUGCUCAUGCGGCACCGGAGCCCCGCCGCCGGCAUGGGACUCAUCGACGCACCAGAGAACCUGGUCGUGUAGUGCAUGUAUACUUUACUAACGUACGAGA